UUUUUUUUUUUUUUUUUUUUACCGCAGUGCAUCUGCAGCAGCGUCUGAGCGCAGCGCCAGAGGUGCCGCUGUGGCGCAGGUUCUAAAGCAGAGGGGGGAGAAAACGGGCAAUGUUACCGUAAAUCGCACCUGGACGUGUUUGAUUUUCCGUUUUCGGUUUUGUCUCGUGCACUUGUUUGCAAUGUCGGCACGACUGGAGCAUCUCUUCUGCGAGCACGCGGUCAUCAGAUAGUUGGAAUUAUUUCCACACUCAGCGGUCAUCGCACGGCAGGAAAGAGAGGUUUUUAUUUAUUUUAAAUGUGGAUGAUGUUCUUUCUUUUUUUUUUUUUUUUCCCUGAGGCUGAGGAUCAGGAGGAGGCCUGUUUUUGGUGACAGCAGGAUUUGACUUCAGUGAUCCUGUUUGGGAUCUUUAUUUACACUGGCUGCCUGUAAGAAGUAGCCCAUUAAUUCUUCUCUUCCAGCAUGCACAUUAAUAUGCACCUGCAUGUGAGUGGAGCUGGAGUAUUCCACAUUACAGCUAUAUAAAAACAUUCAUAUACUAUGUUAAGACCUCAGGGGUUAAAAAAAUAACAGGAUUAAAUCUCAGGGUGCAGAUGGUGAACACUGUGAGUCACCACAUAUCUGGACCUAAGCUUCAGGCUGUCUCAAAGCCGCAAUAAUUUGUGACAAGGAACUCUGCCUUUAGCCAACCUCAAGCUGUCUUGAGCCAAAGAUCUGAGGCGUCUAGAGCAGCUACAAAGGACCGAUCUGAUAUAGAAAUUUACAGAAGCCUACAUUUUGCACUUUACACUGCAUGUUGACCAGCUGUCCAUCAAAAAUAAUCUGCACUUUACUGAUUUCUAGCUGUUCAACAAACUCCAGCUUUCUUAAUAUAUAUAUUAAAAAGGAGCAGCAUAUUUUUAGUCCCCAUUGGUAACCGUGCACUUUUUGAGGCCCUUUGUCACAUCCGAUGACAUGGCAGCUUUACGCGUCCUCCUCGUUUUCCUGCUGUGCACCCUUUUUGUGUGCUGGUGUCACGGGGCCUGUGCAGAAGUGGACUCUGACACAGAGGCGGUUGCAGGCAAAGGCUUCACAAUGCGCUGCAUCUCCUGCAAGAGGAGGAGUGAAGUGGAGGGCACUGCCACCGUGGACUGGUACUUCAGGGCCAAAGGAGAGUCGGACUUCGCCCCUAUCUACACCUACAGCAGCGAUGAGGGUCCCACUAUUCAAGACAUCCGCUUUGAGGACCGUGUCGACUGGAACGGCACAAAGAGGGGCAGUGACAUCCAAGAUGCUUCAAUAUAUUUAUUCAACGUCACCUUCAACGAUUCAGGCACCUAUCGCUGCUUCUUCAACCGCAUCCUCAUCUACGAAAACCACGAGCACACCACCAUCGUCAGCAAGGUGGUCCACCUGACCGUGGUGGCUAAAGCCACCAGAGGUACGGCUUCCAUCGUGUCCGAGGUCAUGAUGUACGUGUCCAUCAUUGGUCUUCAGGUCUGGCUCCUCAUAGAGAUGAUAUACUGCUACAGGAAAAUAGCUGCGGCCGGAGAAGAAGCGCUACGAGAAGCUGCAAAUGCUGAAUAUUUAGCAAUAGCAUCAGAAAGCAAAGAUAACUGUGCAGGAGUGCAGGUUGGAGAAUAGCACAGGCUCCAUCCAUCGACUGAACCUCAUCCAUCCAACAUCUGAAAUGCAUGAAGACAACCUCAGCUCUACUUGAGGGAUUUUUUUUCCCUUGUCAAAUGAUCCCAAACGGAUACAGCGUACAAAGUGAGCAUGGUACCGGACUGUAUAUAGUAAUACUGUACGCUAAAGCAUGUUAUGCACUUGUAUUAGAUACCAUUAUGCAUUAAUGAGCCAC